AUGAAGAGAUUUUGUUUCUUCAUUGUUGCAGCAGCAGCAGCAACAGUAGCAGCAACAGCAGCAGCAACAGCAACAUUAGCUGCUGCACGGGCAACGGCAGUGCCUACAGCAAGAGCGACUGCAGCAGCAGCAGCAACAGCAGCAGACGGGGUUGAGAAGACUGCGACAGCAGCAGUAACUCAAAGAACAGCAGCAGCAGUAACUCUGCCGGGAGCCGUAGGUGCUUCAGAGGCAGCAGCAACAGCAGCAGCAGCAGCAGAGACCACAACCGCUGCAGCAGCAGCGGCAGCAGAGCCAGCGGCGACUGCUGCAGCAGCAGGCUUGGCGACACCGCUGCAGCAGCAGUUGCUGCACCUGAAGCUGCAGCAGUAG